GCUUAUCACAAGAAAUUGUAUGCAAUAUUUUAUAGAAAUAUGUUUUUUAUAUUUCUAGUGGCAAUACUGUCAUUCAAAAUUCUAACCUUACUAUCUUAUGAGUAGAAAUACAGCAUGAGUUGUAUUACAUUAUAAAACUUUACUUUGAAGAUAUGGAAUACUUACUAGGGGUGUGUAACUCUUCUAAUAAUUCUACAAUUAAUUGUUGGAAUUAUACAACUGGAAAUGUUGAACAUGUUUAUUCAAGUAAACAUAAAGCAUUAAAUAACAGUUUGUGUUUACUACAAAAAGAUUACGUUCUAAUAGCAGAAUUAAAUAAACCAUUAUUACAUUUAUGGUCCAUCAACAGUCAAGAAUCACAAUUAAGAUUGAUAUUGCCUGAUAAAGCUGAAGCAAUAUGCAUUGAUAAUACAUGUACGUACUUAGUAGUUGGAAUAGGAGUAAGUGUUUAUAUCUGGAUGAUUUGCUCAGGAGAGUUAUUAAAUGUUUUACAAAAAAAUUAUCAACCUAUAUCUUGUAUAAAAAUUUCUAACACUCAACAUAUUGUGAUUGCUGGAAAGGAUGGUAUCCUUACAACAUAUAAUUUUGAUGAUGCAGUCUCGAAGAUAAUAAAUAGAAAUUCUGAACCUUUAUAUGUCAAAAAUGAUCAUGCAGAUGCAAUAACUGAUUUGGAUAUUGGUCUAUUUGGGAGUCAUUCUCGUCUGGUUUCAGUGUCCUUGGACCAAACUUGUAGAAUGUAUGAUUUAGAAAGUGGGGACCCAUUGCUAGUGUUUGCAUUUAACUCCCCCUUAACAUCAAUUGUAUUAGAUGCUACAAGUUGGAAUGUUUACAUUGGCGACAAUAAUGGGAAAAUAAAUGUUAUUGAAAUAAAAGGUGAUAUAAAAAUGCAACACAUAGACGACCAUGAAAACGCAUUUGAAGGCCACUCUAAGAAGAUCACAUCCAUGGAUAUAAAUUUAACUCAUAAUUUAUUAGCAACCGCUUCAGAAGAUUGUUCUAUUAUCAUUUGGGAUUUAAAAACGCGGAAGCAAAUUAGAGUUUUUAAACAAGAAUUACCACCUUCGGGGUUAUUAUUUAUUUCCGGUCAUAGUAAUAUUCAUUCAAAAACGUUUACUCCUAAAUUACAAGUACAAGGGUUAAAGAAAACACAAUUAGACGAUUUGGGAACAGUGUUUGUUGUUCAAAAUGAUGAUAUAAGCAUUGAUGAGAAAUAUAAUAAUGUAAUAAUGGGUGGUUUAAGAAGUUGUUCGAAUAAUAAUGUAGAAGAAUUGGAAAUUGUUAAUAAACAAUUAUAUGAAACGCUAAAUAUGAUAAUUAAAAAGAAAUUCGGAACAAAUUAAUUUAAUCAU